AUGUCGAUAGAAGAGACAAUGCACUACCAAAUUGACGCACCUGAAGCCGAUAUGGAAUGGAGAGCCUUAUAUCCAGGAGGAGGCAUGGUUUUUCUAGGAAAAGAAUACCGACCCUUCACAUUAUCCAUAUUCCAUCAGUUGCAAUGCCUCAAUAUCAUACGAAAGGAGAUUGUUCAAACUCAUAACACAUCUUCUUCCGAAGCAUCUUCGCCCGCCCAGCAUUGCGUAAACUACCUUCGACAAACAGUGUUGUGUCGCGCAGACGUCUAUCUAUCACCAGUGAUUGCAUCACCUGCCCCGAAGCCUCUCCCGGACACCUAUGAGUGCCGAGACUGGGAGGUCGUGUACGAGGAAGUCAGGAAGAACCAGGCAGAAUAUUUGGCAAGAGGUGGACGGUGA